CUCUCUUAACCGAAAGUCCUUUCAAAUCACAGGAAAAUGAAAUUUCUAUGGCUGCUUUUUGUGCUCGCUGCCUUUGUGGCCAAGUCGUUGUGCCUGAAGAACGAAAUUUGUGGCCUUCCAAGUAGCCUAAAUAAUGGUCUAUGUCUGGCUGCCAUUCCCAGUUGGUCCUACGAUGGAGAAAAAUGCGUGCGUUUCACUUUUAACGGCUGCGGUGGCAACAGAAAUCGCUUCGGCUCUUGGGCUGAAUGUGAAGCAACUUGUGUGGAAUAAAUGUUGGAAAAUAUUUUAAAAAUUAGCCAAUAACACAUGGAGAUAUGGGAAACC